CCCUCCUUGUUUGUUGUUGCGGGUUUUUUCCCUGUUGAAACCCCAGAGACACCAUGAUCGCUGGUAACCGAAUGCUGAUGGUCAUCCUAUUGGGCCAAGUCCUGCUCGGCGGUACCAACCAUGCCAGUUUGAUACCCGAGACCGGGAGGAAGAAAGUUGCCGAACUCCAGGGUCAAGCCGGAUCCGGACGCCGCUCUGGGCCAAGCCAUGAACUCUUGCGGGGUUUCGAGGCCAGUUUGCUGCAGAUGUUCGGGCUCCGCAGGCGGCCCCAUCCCAGCAAAGCAGCCGUCAUCCCCGCUUACAUGCUGGAUCUCUAUCGGCUGCAGUCCGGGGAGGAGGAGGAAAGUUUGCAGGAUCUCAGCUUGCGCUACCCCGAGAGAUCGACCAGCCGGGCCAACACCGUGAGGAGUUUCCACCAUGAAGCCGCUCGCUACCUCAAGGGGCGGGGGAGUGGGCCCAGCUGAGGCCGCUGCUGGUGACUUUCAGCCACGACGGCAAGGGCCACGCACUGAUCCGCCGGGCCCGGCGCAGCGCCAAGCCCCACGCGCGGGCCCGCAAGAACAAAAAAAACUGCCGCCGCCACGCCCUCUAUGUGGACUUCAGCGACGUGGGCUGGAACGACUGGAUCGUGGCCCCCCCGGGCUACCAGGCCUUUUACUGCCACGGGGACUGCCCCUUCCCUUUGGCCCCCCCCCUCCACUCCACC